UUGACAUUAAGUAAAGUAUAAAAGCAGGACUCUUUCUGGAACUUCACAAAAUCUUCUUCUAAGAUUCUGAAGGCAACCAGCUGAAAACCAAGUUGUAUCAUGGCAAUGCUGAGAAGUCUUCUGCUUCUUUUCAUUGUGUUCUCCAUGGGGAAUGCACGAGUUCAUUUAGUUGAAAAAUGCCCUUAUGGAUGGACAAAUUUUGGAGUCCGAUGCUACAAGUUCUUCUCUCAGACAGUCAACUGGAUCACAGCUGAAAAGAACUGCCAGAGUUUGGGUGCAAAUCUCGCAUCUGUACAUAGUAUAAUAGAACAUGAUUUUCUCCUGAGUCUGUUGCCGUCCUCUUCCACACGUUGUUGGAUUGGUAUUCAUGAUGGUAACCAUGAAGGACAGUGGUUGUGGACUGAUGGUACUCCGUAUGACUUAGCCUACUUUGGCCCUGGACAACCUGACAAUCUGGAUGAAGAGAACUGCGGGGAGCUGAACUUAACCGCUAACCGUUGGAAUGAUGCAGACUGUUUAACCUCACUGCCUUAUCUUUGUGUCCAAAACCUGUGAGAUCACAUGCAGUCGUCCUGCUCCACAGUUACUUUGAUUGUACUACAUUUACAUUUUCUGAACUUACCUUUACAAAACGUUCUCAACUUUAAUCUCUACUCAAAUCAAUAAAAGCAUUAAAGCAAGGCUUGUGUGU